CUCGCAGUUUUAGGGAAGCGACCAGUCGGGAUAUGAAGAUUUGAACCCAGGACCACACGCGAAGGCAAGUAUGUAUAUAAGGAUACGAGGGAUGAUGGUAAGAGGAUGAUCAUAAGAUUGGCUGGGAAUCACAAGCACCGUUUUGGAAGCAGAAGCCUCUGCCCUUACUUCUCUGCAAUUAAAAGCUGUAUACCUUCUUCUACCAUUUCACACCCACCAGCUCAUAAGACAAACACUACUGUCUCCUGCUCCAAAGGCUAGAGCUGUGAUUCCAUACUUAACCAGAAUCAGGCUGCGUUCAACUAGUUCGAUGUUGGUUGAUGAGCAAAUGGUGCCUGAAAAUAGUGUCCAACAAAUUGAGUUACUCACUACUACUGAUGAUGACUAUGGAGGAGUUCACGUAGAAAUAAAGAAUUCUAUGGAUUCUAAUGUCUUUGGCGAUUUGCUUAGAGCUUCAAUAUUGCAAUGGAGGCAAAAGGGGACAAAGGGUGUGUGGAUUAAACUGCCUAUUGAACAUGCAAAUCUUAUUGAAGCUGCAGUUAAGGAAGGCUUUUGGUACCAUCAUGCUCAACCAGACUACUUGAUGCUUGUACAUUGGAUUCCCAAGACUGCUCAUACUCUUCCUGCAAACGCCUCACAUCGAGUGGGCAUUGGUGCCUUUGUUGUUAAUAGUAAAAGAGAGGUUCUCGUCGUUCAGGAAAAUAGUGGCAUAUUCAAGGGUACAGGUGUGUGGAAGCUCCCUACUGGGGUUGUCAAUGAGGGCGAGGAUAUCUGUACAGCAGCAAUUAGAGAAGUUGAGGAAGAGACUGGGAUUAAGACUGAAUUUGUGGAAGUUUUAUCAUUCAUGCAAAGCCAUAAGGCAUUCUUUACCAAGUCGGAUUUGUUUUUCGUUUGUAUGUUGCGACCACUCUCCUCAGAGAUUCAGAAGCAAGAUGAAGAAAUUGAGGCAGCCCAGUGGAUGCCAAUUGAUGAAUAUUCAGCUCAACCUUUUGUCAAGAAAAUUCUUCUCUUUGAUAGCAUUGCCAACAUAUGCUUAGCAAAGAAUGAUAUGAAAUACACUGGGUUUUCUCCACUUUCUUCCACUUCAAACUCGGGUGAAACUAUCACCUUGUACUUCAACAGUGAGGAUUUGGAGCAAUCACUGUCUUCUGGUAAUCAGGCCUAGAAAGUAUACUUGCUACCGUUGUAUACUCAAUAAAUCUGUUGCAGUGUGACCAAAUAAGAUUGCAUACCUGCUAGCCUUGUAUGCUCGAUAAAUCUGUCUCAGUGGGAGCCUUUUUAGUAAAACCAAACACGUAAUGUGUUACCUAUAUGUAUGUUUUACUUGAUACAAAUAAAAGAAGGGUCAAUAAAGAAUGCAUAUUUUCUGUUUAUCCAUGUCCUAUUCCUCAAUUCUCACGAUCCAUAGGGGAGUUCUGAACCAAAUGCUCACACAAUCUGCUGACUUAACAAUGUGUAGGCAGAACAUGGUGCCUGGUUAGGAUGAAUGCUGAUGUAGAACCUUUUGUUGCCACCUUCUCCCACUGAAAUACACAACCAGCUUCUUGUUUUGUCUUUGUGUGGGAUCCAUGCAAAUAAGUCAACCUUCUUCUCUCUUCUCGAAUUGCCACAUGCCUUGGUAUGUGUCACACUUCAGCGUGGCAGUGAAGCUUGAAUUCAGAAGAAAAAUGCUGAAAAAAUUAGUAUAAAGUAGUGGGGAUGCUGUUACACCCAUCUCCAUGUAGUUCUCCAUCUCUGUUUCCUAGUUGGUGUUUCAGGUAGUCAGAAGCAAGAUGUCUUCUGCAAAGCUGAUGUUUCUGCUAGUGCUUUGGUUGUUGGUCUCUAGAACCUACUGUGCACGGAAAGAUGGAGUUUAUGGUGAUGGAGUCUCUACACCAAGUGAUUGUCAGAACUGUUCUAUUUGCCCAUAUCCAUGCCAUCCUCAAUCUCCACCACCACCACCAGGGUACCCAUCAUCUGGAGCUCCUCCACCGCCUGCUGCUACAGGCAAUUGCCCACCAACAUCUGCUGGGUGCUGCCAAUAUCCUCAGCCCUCUCCUCCCUCACCUUACACUUAUGUGCCUUACAACAACUACUCGGCUUCACCGCCUAUGCCUUUGUCUUCAAAAUCCCCAGUCUCUAUCUUAUUUACUAUUGUCAUUUUGUUUGGUUUUGUUUCCCUUCACCUGGUUUGAAGGGACAUGUCAGAUUAUUCUAUCUUGUAUUAGUUUUGAUGUAGAGAUGGUUGAAUCUUACAGUAAUGUUUCAGCUAUAGUGUAUGUGAUGUUAUAAAUGUUUUCCCUUGUUCAA